AUGGAGUCCUGUGCCUUCUACGACUGCGUUCGCAAGGAUGCUCGGAAACUUCGGCCCGAAGUGGUGGUGGACGUCUGCGGCGGCCACGGCGCUCUGGCGCUGCUCUUCCUGGCGCACGGCCAGGCGCAGCAGGCGACGAUCAUCGACCCGCAGCGGCCGGCGAGCCACGCCACGCUGCGUGAGGCAUGGUCUUCGUUCGUCACUGGGCCGAUUUCCUAUGAUCAGCGGCCCUUGCAGCAGGCCCUGCCAGAAGUUCUCAAGGGCAAUUCCAAACGAAUGCUGGUGGUGGCCUGCCACGCAUGUCAACACUUGGCGCGUGAGAUCAUCGAUCACUGCAUGGCGCACAACACGGCCUUCGCGGUGUGCCCAUGCUGCCCCAAGGACCACCAAGGACAUCUCCAGGCGGCCGCCAAGUCGUUGGAGGUGGAAUUCCCUGCAGCCAUGAUCCUGGCGGAGAUGGGUCGCCUGACUGCGCAGCACUGCGCUUGUGCGCUGCGAAGCUUUGAUGCCAAGGAAGGGCUGCAGGGAAAUCGGCAAAAAUGGCAGCAGGUCUCGCCUCACAAUCGGGUGAUCUUCGGACGCCCGGGUGCCGGACCCCAAGAGGCAGCCGAGACUGGGCCAAUUUCUUAA